AUGCUACAGGACGAUGGCGAGCCUGAAGUUGUCAAGACUUCCUGUCACCAAUGCAGAAAUACGAACACCAGACCCAAGAUGCAUUGUUCCAAACGCCGUCCAGACCGGUCAAUCUGCGGGAAACGGUUUUGCAAUAAAUGCAUUCUGAACCGGUACCCCGAGAUGAUGUUUUCCGCCAAUAACAAGAAGUUUAUCUGUCCGGCCUGCCUUGAUAUCUGCAACUGCUCCGUAUGCUCGCGGAGACGCGGGGAGGAGUAUAUUUCCAUGCGUGGAGGGGGAUUUGCGGGAUCUCGCACCAAGUCGGGCAUUUUGCUUGUGCCUGAUGAUUCCCGUGUCCCGGAUCUUGAAAUGACACCUGAACCUUCCAAAAGUGCGCCACAGACAAUGUUCUGGGCUCAUGUCUAUGGUAUUGAAGGCGAGCGCGUCGGACGUGCGUUUAUCGAUGAUACUAGCGCCUCUGCCUCUGCCCCUGUCCGACCCACACAACCUGCCAAACAACGCGCCCAAACCGUGCAAUCGAAACAGAAAGUAAAGGUGAAAGUGAAGAAGAAACCGAGGGUAUUCAUCGGAACGCCGUUACGCGAGUGGAAGAUCCGCACGGUCAAGGACCUCGAGCCCAGCGCUGUAAUUCCGCCUCUCGUCUCAGAGGAACGCUCCAUAGGGAAAGGCAAGGGUAAAGCUAUUGAACGACCACGUGUUUAUAUCGGCGACGCGAAGUGGUUGUACGUGCCAUUUUCGCGUAUGCCUGUGUCAUCGUGCUCUUCGCGGGCGUCGUCGCCGGACUCUGAUUUGGAGCUGUACUCGGAUGGGACGUUGACGCCGUUGGAGGAUCUGGAGGAGGGGAUGGGGUGGCCCCAGCCUGAGGUGGGGGAGUCCGUGACUGUGACGUGGGGGUCGACGCGUGCACAAGAACGGAGUGCGUCUAGUUCGUUGUCGGCGGAUGAUUUGGUCAAGGCUAUUGGGGUUGCCUUGGCGGCGACGCGUGAGGGCACGGUGGAGUGA